AGAGAAAGGUAUGAAGAGGAGAACACUGGUUACAAAGACGGACCACAUGACGUACAUUGGUACCAAUUACGAGACUGAGGGAACCAUGAGCACCUUCCCUUUUAGAAACAAAUGAUGUGACAAGACUAUUUAAUUAAAGACCUUUUCACACUGGCAAAAGUAUAUGAUUGGUGUUCUUGAUAAAGAGACUGGUACUAUGGAGUUACAUAAUACUGAUAUAUUUCAUAUGACACCUUAUAUCAAAGGUAAAACUGAUACCCCAGUGACUGAUCCUAAUCCCUCCAAGCGUAAGUCCUUAUCCAAGGAAGAGUAUUCUGAGGGUCUUGAGAAAGUGAUGAUGUCAUUCGGUAGCUCUCGGGCAAAGAAGGCGUGGUCAGCAGCUAGGAGGAAUCAUAUAGACUGACAAGUCUCUGUUCUUGUAAUGUGCUAUGCCAGUGCAACACGAGUGUAUUCCUCAGGCUAUUUUAGGCAUGGACGUCAUCUGUCAAGCAAAAUCAGGUAUGGGCAAGACUGCUGUCUUUGUCAUAGCGACGCUUUAGCAACUAGAGAUAGUUGAGGGACAAGUCUCUGUUCUUGUAAUGUGCCAUGCCAGGGAAUUGGCCUAUCAAAUAUACAAGGAGUAUGAACGAUUCUCCAAGUAUUUUGAUAAGGUCAAGACCUCUGUGUUCUUUGGCGGCAUCAGUGUCAUGAAAGAUGAGGAGACUCUCAAGACUAACUGCCCACACAUAGUGGUUGGCACUCCUGGUCGCAUCCUGGCUCUGGUGAGACAGAAGACGCUCAACCUUCACAAUGUGAAGCAUUUCAUAUUGGAUGAGUGUGACAAGAUGCUUGAGCAACUGGGUAAGCACUUAUUAUACAUGUAUUUAUUCCUUUACCUGUAUUAA